CGCCUCCGAGCAACUGCAUCCAUUUCGUCACCGAUCUGGGUCUCACCAGCUGCUCUCCUGUAUAUAUAGUGAACAGGCCAGUAUAAUACAUUCUCAAUUUGUUCCCUUUGUAUCGUCGACAAGCAACUGAAAUCAUUCACAUAUUAUCAUACCCAGGCCGACACACCUAUCCGCAUCACGAAACCCACUUAGUGUCACAAUGGACAAUCCCGCAGGCUCAACGAGGACCCAGCCUCAAGACUCGCACGUCGGCCCCAAGUCGACAGGCGGCAAGGCGUCGGUUACCCAGACACCUGCCAACGCCCAUCUCGGCCAGAGCAAGCCCGCCGUGUUUGACGAGCAGGGGGCUAUUGGCAAGCAGUUCACUGCGGAGGGAGCUAUCGGCGGAGUCGCACAGAAGAUUGGCGGCCCGAUGGAUAAGGAGGGCAUGAUUGGCAAGCAGUUUACGACGGAGGGGAGCAUUGGGGGUACGGUGCAGAACAUGAUGGGGGGUCAGGGCAUGAAGAAAUCGAACUGAGCUACUAACUUGGAGAUGAAGGCGAGCACGGGUUACCAGUUUGGUUUAUGAGUUUAUGAGGAACGAAUGUGUAUAAUACAAGUUAUUAGAGGAAUGUGCAUGGGAUCGGCUGUCAUCCAAAGGCGCCAGUCUACUCCCAUGAUAAGCCAAAACCGCGGUCCGAAAGGGUAGCAGCAAUGUUGAUAAUCCCAUA